AUGGAUUCCAUAGUACCUGAAUGCACCAUAUGCUCAGAGGGAUAUGAAGUAGAUGGUAGGAAAGUACCAAUACUUUUAGAUUGCGGUCAUACUUUCUGCCGUGAUUGUAUAUCCCAAUUAGAAAUUGCACUAGAUUAAAAAUGUUUUACUUGCUAGUAGUCUGUUCUCAAAUAUGAUAACAAGAGGAAAGUAUAGAACCUCAAAAAGAAUUACGAACUGGUUCAGAUCUUAGAACAAAUAGUGAAGGAAAAGGAGAGAAAUUAAUUAGUUAUCUUGAUUGCAUGCUGCCCUGCAAGCAUUUAGGUCAAUCAUUUUAGAGACUUUUUCGUAACCUAGCUUGAGAACAAGCCAGAUGCUCCGAUUUUAAUGCAUACUCAAGAGUAAUCUUUUAUCCAGGAAAAAGUUAUCGAGCUAGUAUAUCCCAAUGUGACUAAUAGAGGUAGAGCUGCUUUUGAGUUGCAUGAAAAGGUGUAUAGAUACGGCUUAGAUAUUAAUCAAUCGUGCAUUAUAGUAAGCUUGAAUGAAGAGAGAGAAAAGUAACUACCUAAGAGUUUCAAAGCUAGUUUGUAAAAGUAUGACUUCGUAAUGAUUCAAUAUAAUGUACCAAUGAUGAGAAAUACUCAUACUGAUCUUAUAAGGAUUGACCAUCCUCCUGUCGGAUUUAACUAUAGAGAUGCUUUAUUCUUAGAGAAGUAGAUUAAUUAUACAAAUGGACUCAAGAUAGAGCAAUAAGAUCUAGCUGUUAGAUAUUACUCUUAUCAGAAUAUCGUCUUUGUAGUAAUAUAUGUUGGCUCUUGCGGUAAAAUAGAAAGGAUUAUUGAAUUCUUAAAGUAAUCAAAGUUUGACUACACUUCUUAGAGAGUAAAAGCUACAAUAGAACACCAAUUACACUAACCUAAUAAUUAUCUUUAAUUUAAAAGGAUAUGA